AGUGUGGGUUUGAAGCUCCUCUGUCCACUGCUGUCCACCACACAGCCGUCAUUAGUGAAUGAAAUGGAGGUGGUGGUGUGGCUGUGUUUCGCUCCUCUGCUCUGGUUUCUUGGUAAAUGCCACGGGCAAACUCAGUUCCUUUACAUGGCUAGGUAUAAAUCAGGGUUGAUUUCCUGUGAAGAAAACAAAUGGAAAGUGAGCACAAAGUCUAACAAGAUUGACCCGAAGCGUCUGGUACAGUGUGACCGCAUCAAGAUUGAGCUUGAUGUUGAUGAUGAUGAUGAUGAUGAUGAACUGGAAUUUUGCAGAAAUAAACCUCCACAGUCAAAGUGUGUUUGUACUCUAGAAGUAAAGAGUGGAUUUGUUGCCUGUGUUAAAUCUCUGGAUUCUGGACUCCUUUUUCCAUUCAAACCGUCUCCCAACGUCGUCUCUUCCUACAUAUUCGCUGCUCCAAACCGACUCAUAACAUCCACACCUGAGGAAACAUCUUCACUGACAGUACCUGAAGGUGGAUCAGUGAGUUUAAACUGUAGUUUCACCUUCACACAAAAAUAUAAUGGGGUGCCUUUUGUUGUUUACUGGAUUAAGUCUGUUGGAAAGAGCAGCACCUGUGUGUAUUCUUAUGAUUAUUCCAAGCAUCGUUCACCUCAGUACGGUCACCACUGCGCUGUGCAAAAAGAUCUGCUUAACAGGAUCUCAAACCCAACCAAAGGACAGAACAGUCACAACAUCAGCAUCAGUGAAGUGAUGGAGUCAGACAGCGGUCAGUACCUCUGCGCUGUACAAGUGGACCCAAUUAAUAAAAACACUGCUAAAGGAAACUGGAAGGUGAUAAAAAGAGUUACAGUUACUACUACAGGGAAAGUUAGAGAUGUUGAUCGUCUUAAGCCCUUAUAUGUUGCAGUUUCCAUAAUACUGUGUCUUCUGCUGAUUGUCUUGGUCGUGUUUAUAAGAAAGAAGUGCAUCACAUCACAAGGACGUCAGACUGGUCAAGAAAGAGAAGAAGCUCCUGACAUGGACUGUUCUCCAUAUGCUGUUGGAAAUGGUGAGGAGGGGAGUUUCUUUGGAUCUAAGACGGCUGAUCCAGGCCGUGAAGAAUCCACACCGUCUAUUGACCCUUAUUUAGUCGUUAGACUGAAUAGCUUUUAUGAAUCUGGGGCCUCAGGCAACUCCCCCAGGUCAAAUUAGAUUUGAUUGAUUUUCUAAGUUAACACAUCGUCUGUAGGACAUGCUUUAUUUUUUUUCAUAUUUUAGUGCAGAAUUUCUAUGUUCCUUGCUGCAUUUAACAUUUCAAGGGAAAAAAACAUAAACAAAAAACAUUUUUUAUUUCAUCCCAAAGUGUUAAAUUCAACAA